UGAAGUUAACAGAUCGGCCCUUUAAGCUCCUCUGAGGACACUUUUCUGCCUUGAACCAGCCGACAGGAGACACUUCACCUCCUUUCUUUCGGUCGCUCUUCCCCUGCGGAGCCCCGAUGGAUCUGCCCGACCUCUCCUUCCCGCUCUCCUCGGCCGACGACCUCUACGAUGACCCCUGCUUCAGCACCGGGGACAUGAACUUCUUUGACGACCUGGACUCCCGGCUGCUGCAAGCCGGCCUGCUGAAACCAGACGACCAUCUCCACCACCGCCACCACCACCACGUCCCCGUCCUAGAAGACGAGGAGGAGGAGCAGGAGGAGGACGAGGAGGAGGAGGAGGAGGAGGACGGGCACGUGAGGGCCCCGGGGGGCCUCCACCAGAGGGGCCGCUGCCUGCUUUGGGCCUGCAAGGCCUGCAAGAGGACCACGUCCCUCGAGGACCGCAGGAAGGCGGCCACGAUGCGCGAGCGGCGGCGCCUCGGAAAGGUCAACGACGCCUUCGAGACGCUGAGGCGAUGCACGGCGGCCGGACCCAACCGCCGGCUGCCCAAGGUGGAGAUCCUCCGCAACGCCAUCAGCUACAUCGAGUCCCUGCAGACACUGCUGGGGGGCGGCGGCUUCUACCCGCGGCGGGAACGCCACGGCGAAGGCUCGGACGCCUGCAGCCCGCGGUCCACCUGCUCCGAGGGGCCGAUGGACUUCAUCUCUCCGUGUUCCAUCAGGAGUGAGAACAGCGACGAUUCCAGCGGCACUAAACCACUGGCCUGUCUGUCCAGCAUCGUGGAGCGCAUCAGCACAGAUCCAGCUGUGGUCCCCCCGGGGGACAGCGUGGUCCCUCGGGGCCCCGGGUCGCCUCAGAGCAGCCCUGCAGGCUGCGGUUCCUCUGCUGGACGCAACAGAGUCGAGGACUCGUUGUCCCCCAACAAACUAACGGCGUCCUCCUGAAGCGAGAGGCUCCAACGGACGGAAGCUGCUGCUUCGUUCCAACAACCUCAUCGCGGAUGAAAGGAUAUUUUUCUAGUGCAGAACUGAGAACUGCAUGAGGACCAUUUUAUAAACCUGUAAAUAAGAGCUGUAUACCACACACACACACACACACACACACAUGCACACGCACACAUGUUGUGUCAUAUGUUUCUAUAUUCUAUUAUUUAUGAGUGAAUGGAAUUUUAAUAAAAGUAAUAUUUAUACUCAGUA